CGACCGGGUCUAAGUCUUAAUCUUUCUAAAGGUUAAAUUAUUUCAGAAGAACUUGAGAAAUGUCAGAAACUCUUCAACUGAGAGGCACCCUACGAGGGCACAAUGGGUGGGUUACCCAGAUCACCACCAACCCCAAGUACCCCGAGAUGAUCCUGUCCGCAUCCAGGGACAAAUCCCUCAUCGUCUGGAAGCUCACCAGGGACGAUAGCGAUAACUACGGAUUCCCCCAGAAGCGUCUCCAUGGACACGGACACUUCGUCAGUGACGUUGUUCUCUCAUCCGAUGGACACUUUGCUCUUUCAGGAUCUUGGGAUAAGACCCUAAGACUGUGGGAUCUUGCCACCGGAAAGACCACCCGUAGGUUCGAGGACCACACCAAGGACGUUAUGUCCGUCGCUUUCUCUGCCGACAACAGGCAGAUCGUCUCCGGAUCCCGGGACAAGACCAUCAAGCUGUGGAACACCCUUGCCCAGUGCAAGUACACCAUCCAGGAAGAAGGACACAGUGACUGGGUUAGCUGCGUGAGGUUCUCCCCCAACAACCAGAACCCCAUCAUUGUCUCAGCAGGAUGGGACAAAUACUUCCUAAACCUCAAAUCUGAACUUAUGCAUAAAAGAUUCCAAAGAGUGUGUUUUACAAGACCCCUACUUUUCCCUGAUGCUCAAAAAGCUAUGCUAUGGGAUCUGAAUGAUGGCAAGCAUCUGUAUACCUUGGAUCACGCUGAUUCCAUCAAUGCACUGUGCUUCUCACCAAACAGGUACUGGCUGUGCGCUGCUACCGGACCCACCAUUAAGAUCUGGGAUCUCGAGAGCAAGAAUAUGGUUGAGGAGCUCAGGCCUGAGGUAGGAUCUUAGGAUACCAACAGGGGUAUCUCUCUCUUUCCCCUCCCCCGAGCAUGA